CCGAAAGCAGGCUACUGCGCUACAAAUUUAACAACGGCAGUUUUAAGAACCGACAGAGUGAUCAUUUGUGACUGGAUCAUUGAAGCCAUUCCGAAAUGGAGGAUGAAACUGAAUUGUUACAAAAUAUAUUUACACAAGUAAAUAGCGAUGUUAUGAACCAGUUCCUUCACGCCUGUGUCGACGAAAUAUGCGGGCGGAAACGAGUGACGUUUCAACAGUUUACAAACAGCGUUGAAUGGACCGAGAAUGAGUACAAAAUAGCCCGUCAGGUUAUUUUCGAUUUGUUAAGAAAUCCGGCAGUGCUGUAUCUUGAAAAUGAAAGGAUGCCACAUCGAUAUGUUGAAACGCCUGCCGAAUUACAACUUGCGAUACGCACAUGUGUAAAUAUACGAAGAGAGCAUCUGGUUAAGGCACUAUUGAGGGAGCAUUCAAUCAAAAAUGGAACGACGUUGCUCGACUUUGACUGGAGAUUAAAGUGGAUUAUGGGAUCAAGCAAACUCGCCACGUUGAAAGAACCUCUUCUGCAGUUGGAUCUUAUCACCGAAGAUAGCAAGAGUCAGCAAAUCCUCGAUCUUGAGUUGAACAGAGAUGAACUCGACAUGUUGAUAAAUGCGUUGGAGGAAGUGGGAGGCUGAUUUGAAAAACUGUUACUAUACCGAAAUUAUAAUAGCGUUCAGAAUAAAGAUAUGCUUAUGCUUGGAUAAUCUUAUUCUAUUCCACCGUAUUAAUUAUUUCUAUCAUACCCAUGAGUUAUACUAUUUUUAGGUAUUGAAAACUCAAGUAUUGUAGUAUUAAAACCUUAUGUCGAAAAUGUUAUACUGCACACAUAAAAUAGGUACCUCCUAGAAUAAGAAUACUAAAAAUCUUGAUUUUGACAUAAAUUACAUGAAGCAACAUUGACCCUAAAGCAUAAUUACAGAAUAAUGAGAAAACCAAACGUUUUCCUGGACAAUUCAAUUGUACCGUAUAUGUAAUAUUUACACCCAAUUUAUACAAAUAAUUUGAGUUGUUGUGAGAUUGAUGAACAAGUAAUCAUCUGUUUAUAGAACUCUAAAGUGCUUUACUAUGCGAACUGUGUAUAUAAAUAUCUAUUAUGAGCGCCAGUUUUUUUUUUCCCCGUUGUACCUUAUCGCAGUAAGUAUGUUCACUCAAGUCGGCUAAUACUGGAGAGCAUAAUGCGUUUUAUAGGACAGUUUAAGAGGAUCAUGAGGCAGUCGGAAAUUAUAGAGAAUAGAUACACUUAUUUCACAGUUUAUUAUAGGUUUGUUAUAGAUAAAUGUUGAAUAGUUUAGUUAUUAUUAUAACUGCGGAUCAGACACUGAAAACUGAAUUUCGAUUUUCCAAAACGUCCACGAAUGAAACUCCACGUUAAAAUAUAUCGUCUUCAACGCAACAUAAAAUACCGAGGGAUUAUGAUUCAGGGACGUUUUAGAUUUACGAUUUAAUAUAAUUGAUUGGUGCAGAUCAGUCGCAUCGAAAGAAUUUAAAUAGAAAGAUUUGUUGGUUUAUCGUCAAAUCUUAUUUCGAAAGAACAUUCAAUUUCGUUGUAAGUUUGUAACCAUUAUUACAGAUAAUAAUUAAAAUCCAUAAGAGUAGGGGUUUACUAUACAAUUUUUAAUUUUACUUCCUUCUUGCUUAUCAAUAGGUAUAUCUUUUAAAACCAAUGUCGAUCAAGAGCAAUGGCCACACGCUUCUCUAACACUUAGAAUAAUAAUUCUGAUUUUGGGGCGUACAUAUGGAUUCUUUUUCUUAAGUUUUUUUUUUUUUCGCUUUAUUUCAUUUAGGUUUAUACUCUCUACGCUACGAGCUUAAUAAAAUCUUUCAUAAUUAAUUAAUUAGUAAGUUUUACUUCAAUCUCCGGAGAUUCGUAUAAACGUAGAAAUAUCGUAUGAAAAAUUUGUAAAAGGUGUUUCAGGGAUAAUUGGGUGGUUGUGAGGGGCAUCGUAAUUGUAAUUAGGCAAUAUUCUUUUAAUAAUUAUUAUAGAAAUUAGGAUAGGUUUUGCAAGUAUUUUAUACGGAUAUAAUUAGCAUCCCGAGACACACUUGGCUCUUUUUUUUUUAGAUUAUAUAUCACUUACAUUGCUCAAUCUUACUGUAUAUUUACUCCAUUUAUGUACCGUGUUAUUCUCGUUUUCCGUAUGUAAGUUAUGCGUGAGUGUGCAUGUUUAUGUGUGUGUACGUGUGUGCAGCUCUUUAUUACAACUUAAAACAUCUCAAAUAGUAUAAAUACAAAAACAUUGUAGUU